CAGUUCCGGCUUCUUUUUACUUCAACCCCAACGCCUUAUUUUUUUCUUUGAAAAUGAACACUAGGUAAGGUAUCGGCCUUCAAGCUUAGGCCUCGUUCAGGGAAUCUGAUCAGGCUGCACACUGGAUGGAGGAGGGUCGAGCCAUACCCAUCGCGUACAAUACGGAUGGCUCGAUAUAGUCCACUUAUCGACGUUUUUGACGCACGGAGGGACUGGAUUAGAAUUUGACAGCUCCUGACCAUACGGUGAAUAUGGCUAGAUCUCAGCAUCGUGAACACGACGUCCAUCAAUGAUCCUGUUAUGACCGGACCUUGUCCAGCGGUCAAUGGAUAUAAUAUUAUUUGACCAUGCGGUUUACACAGCUUCCCCCCCCACGUUCACUUCCAUCUUUUUGCAAUGAGUUUCUUCCAAGAAGCCUGCGGAGUUUCGAUUGGACAGGGCACAUUCAACGCGGUUACAGGAAACCAGACAAACAACACCUACAAUCACUGUAUUUUCGAGCAGCGGAAGAAGAAACGUACGAUAUAUGACGAGUUCCUUGACAUCCAACGGGGACUCGUCCGCCGAAUCAAGGAUCUUGAUCACAUAGAGUCCCUCAAUUUUUGGAAUUCCAGGCUACAGGAAUACGAAGUGUUCAGAGUCGAAAGAACCAUCAGCACCGCCAAAAUCCAUGGCGACAGCUCAAGCUCAAGUUUUACAGUGGUGUCGUAUAAAGGGCAGGAUGCACAAAAGGCAUGGAAAACGGAAUUUCGACAGUUUUCUGAAACUACGAAUACAACGGAGAUGCAACUGUACGGCAUCAACCGUUCGAGUGUGCCUCUGCUGAUAUUUCAUGGAGAGCUUCUGCCUGUCGCCCAUUUCUGGGAUAGGCUUGGUGUGUUCGGGCAAGGGUAUGCAUCUACGAUGGCUUGGAACGUAUUGGAAUGUGAGGAAUCUGAGGUGUGGAUAAAUCCCGAGCAAGGAACUUUGAUUCAUGGAUUGGAGGGGCCCGAUUACUUAGCUGAUCAUAUGGAAUUCUCUACUGUCGAGACGCUGCCAUCAAGCAUCGAACUUCUUCUCGACGAAGAUGUUAGUGUCCGCUACUUCUCUCGGUUGCCAUUGGUCAAGGAAUUCGACAGAGAAGUCAUUAACAUGCUCGACCACGGGUCCGAGAUAGGAAAAGAGACAUCUCCCAUUAGCAACCAACCGCGCGUCUUUUCUACCAAGACAAAUUCCAUAAUCGCAGUCAGAAGUGGCAGUUACUGGAACAGAUUUGGGUGCCUUGACGACCAAGUCAUUAUGCCAGAUGGAAGAACGAGAUUCACUCUUACAGACGAAGGCUCAGAGUUGAGAUUAUACUCUGAUCAUUAUGACGAUCAGAAUGCCUGGCUCCUGCAGGCUUCGAGUGUAUUUCACCGACUCGGAAUCUCGUUGGAUGAUGAUUUGUCGUCUUACAAGCUCGUCUCACCAUCAAUCUACUUUAGGGGAUCAAUUGAAGGCUCACAACGACCCUUGGAGGAUCCACCCAUAUACAUCUUCCUUCAUCCGUUCCCCCCAUUUAAGCUACUCGAAACUGAAUCAGUCCUGUCCACUCACACCUGGUCUUACGACGAAAAUGGAGAAAUACCCAUCCCGCGCCAUCAGUGCGAAGACCUUGGUCUACCCACUGAACUUAGCAUGAACAGCAUAGAAAGCGUAGCAUAUCGAUGGCCUAGUGAGACCUACAAACCUAUCCACAAAUGGCAGAUUGCAAGAGGUUUCGAUCCAACCACCACGGACUUUGCACGGUACCUCGAAUAUCCCAUAUAUGAAGUUAUGCCAUCGGAAGCAGGCCGGUUUGAAAAGCUGUGUGCUGCAGGCCCCUCCGAAGCACCGGAUUUUACAGAAAGCCCAUGCAAGGAUGAUCAAGGUCAAUCCGUGAUUGGUUCAAUCUGGUCGGCAAUCACAGCUCCCCUCACUUAUGCUGCCGAUGAAGAUUCAGAAAUUUCUGCGGCAUUGAUGUAGUCAUAAGUAGGUCUGCCUAUGAGUAUGACAACCAAUAAUAUCAAGAAGCUAUGCCGCAAUCUGUCGC